AUGUCACAAGAGAACAUGGUCGUCAUUGUAACUGGAGCGAACCGAGGCAUUGGUCUGGCCAUCUGCCAACUCAUCUUGAAAAACAAUCAAAAUGUCAAGCUAUAUGCCGCGUCGCGUGCAGGAGCCGACCUUGGACUGAAGAGUGCUGGUUCAGGAUCAGUCAAGUAUCCCAGCCUAGACGUGACCAAGUCACAGGACAUCAAGCAACUGGCCGAAGACAUCAAGCGCGAAGAAGGCCAGAUCAGUGUGCUCAUCAACAAUGCUGGAAUCAACACUUACCCAGAACACACGCCUGAGAGUGUGCGAAAAAUGCUUGAUGUCAACUACCGAGGGACCUACAACAUGUGCAAGGCAUUCAUUCCUUUGCUCUCGGAAACAGGACGUAUCGUCAACAUGUCGUCCGUAGGCUCGCAGUUGAAGAUCUACAGCAAGCACAACGCAGCGCGCUUUAGAAACACAGAAACAUACGAGGAUGUCGAGAAGAUCGCCGAUGACUACAUGCAAGCCGUGAAGAACAAGAAUGAGCUGGAAUCAGGCUUUGGUGACAAAGGUCAAGGCUACAGUGUCAGCAAAGCAUGCGUAAACGCCAUCACUGCUAUCCUGGCGCGUGAGAACCCAGGCCUCAUUAUCAAUGCAUGCUGUCCAGGAUGGGUGGAUACUGACAUGGGAGGUAUCAUGGGCAAGCCACCCAAAGAGCCCAUUGAGGGUGCGAGGAUUCCUGUAAAGCUUGGUUUCGGGGAUAUCUCUGGAACGACUGGUCGUUACUGGGCCAAUCCUGGGAUUGCGGACAAGGCAGACGGUCAAGUCAUGGCUUGGUAA